AUAUAUAAAUUAAAUAAAUUAAUAGCACACUUCGAAAUAAAAUGGGAGGCCAAGGAAAAAUGAUAAAUCGCAAGCGCAAAUUUGUGGGACGCAAGACCGACGAUCCGGAAUUCGAUCUGGACAAAAAACACUUCAAGGUGCUGCACGUAAAUGCCAGCGAGAAGCGUUUGAUUAUCGUACUGGAGGGCGCCCAGCUGGAAACGGUUAAGGUGCACGGCACUUUUGAACUGCUGAACUGCGACGACCAUGCGGGUAUUAUGCGCAAGAAUCAACGUGAUCCGGGCUCCUGCCGCCCCGACAUCACCCACCAAUGCCUACUGAUGCUAUUCGACUCACCGCUAAACCGUGCGGGCCUGCUCCAAGUGUUUGUGCGUACCGAACACAAUGUUCUCAUCGAGAUUAAUCCCCAAACGCGCAUUCCACGCACUUUCAAGCGGUUCGCCGGUCUUAUGGUCCAACUGCUGCACAAGUUCCAGAUUCGGGCCAACGACUCGUCUCGCCGCCUAAUGAGUGUUAUCAAGAACCCCAUAACAGACCAUCUGCCGGUCGGCUGCAAGAAAUACGCCAUGUCCUUCUCCGGGAAACUUGUCGCAAAUUGCCGCGAUCUUGUCCCACACGGCGAGGAAGGUAGCGUUGCCUACGAUGAGCCCGUGGUUAUGGUGAUCGGCGCCUUUGCGCAUGGCGUUCUCAAGACGGACUACACCGAGGAGCUCUUCUCCAUCAGCAACUACCCGCUGUCGGCGGCCAUAGCAUGCUCCAAGCUCUGCAGCGCCUUCGAGGAGGUCUGGAAGGUAGUAUAGGCCAGACCCAGUUCAGGGAUUUCCGGUUGUCCCGCUCUGGAGUAGUUAUAGCUAGUACGUAGGUCCAUUCUGAAUAGAUUAUAUGCGCAUUGCAGACUGUAAAGUA